AUGAGUUUCAGGGUUGAUCUCCGUUAUGAACAUAGAAAACUGUGGAAGGAUGUGAUUGUCCAUGAACUUGCUACUCUCUGCCUAGCUUCCAUUUCUGUUGACUACACCAGCAAAGUGGAAAUUUUUGAGCAUGGUGGACUCGAACCACUCAUCCGCCUUCUGUCAAGCUCUGAUCCUGAUGUCUUAAAGAAUUCUGUUGAAUCUAUUUCAAAUUUAGUUAAGGUGGACUUUCAGAAUCGAGCUGCUAUUUGCGAAUUGAAUGGCGUUCCUCCAAUUCUGGAAUUACUGAAAUCUGAAUAUCCUGUUAUACAGCAGUUAGCCCUGCAAACCCUAACACCCAUUGUCAUUGAUCCAGAUUGCAGAAUUCAGUUGCGUCAGAAUAAAGGUCUUGAAAGCAUCUUGCAAGUUCUUGAAACACCGGAUUUUACUGACCUUCAUGUAGAAGCACUGACUGUACUAGCAAACUGUCUGGAAGAUGUAGAAACUAUGCAGGUUAUCCGCGAAACAGGAGGCCUAGAAAAGUUUCUGACAUUCGUAACUACAUCCACUCUGCCAGAGGCACAGAAGCGGGCGGCCAAAGCCAUUACAGCAUCUGCACGUAACUGUGAGAACAGAAAAUUUUUCCAUGAGCAAGGUGUAGAAAAAGCACUGGUAAAUCUUUUGGGAGUCAACAAUGAUGGAAUCAAAAUAGCUGCUUGCCAAGCUGUGUCUGUUAUGUGUGAACUUAGUAGUAGCAAAGAGGCUUUCAAAAAAGAACUUGGCAUUCCUCAACUGGUUCGGUUGCUGGUCAGUGACAAUGAGGACGUUAAAGAAGCUGCAGCUCUAGCUCUAGCAAAUCUAACAACCGCUAAUCCCACCAAUGCUACUGCAGUUUUUGAAGCUGACGGUGUGGAGCCAUUGGUCAAACUUCUGACUGAAUCAGGAGAUGGAGCUGUUGCCAAUGCUGCUACCGUUCUCACUAAUAUGGCCCUUCAAGAAUCUUCACGCAGUAGUAUCCAAUAUUAUGGAGCUAUGACUGCCAUUGUGGAACCAUUGAAGUCCACCAACACAGUGGUGCAGAGUAAGGCUGCACAAGUCGUGGCUGCAUUAGCUUGUGAUGCAGAUGCAAGAACUCAGUUGCGAACUUCUGGUGGAUUGGAGCCACUUGUAAAAUUGCUACAUUCUAAUCAUGAUGAAGUGAGGCGCAAUGCUUGCUGGGCUGUGCUUGUCUGUGGAAAGGAUGAGCCCACAGCAAUUGAGCUUUGCAAAUUGGGUGCUUUGGAAAUCCUGCAAGAAAUAAACCUGUCCACAAGUCGCCAAAACAGCUUUAGCGAGGCAGCUGUGAACAAGCUGCUCGACAGUAAUCCAACUCUCAAAUACGCUCUGACUGGCUAUUUGUCAUCCAAUAAUAUUAUCACAGAUGGAUUCUAUGAUCUUGGUCAGGUAAAGGCAAACAUAAAGAUUUUGAAUCUUGAUGAAUUGAGCAAGCAGGAAUUGAACCAGCAGAGGCCAAUACUGCUAAUUAAUGCCAAAAAAGUAGAGUUCCUUCAGCAUACGUUGCCCACUGAUGAAAAGCAGCUGGAGAUUUCCCCGUUACGGGCAGCUUCUAGUAAAAGCAGUGCCAAAACUGGUAAAGGAAGAAGUCGAGGAAGACGAGAAGAGGAAAAAAUGAAAGAGGAAGAACAAGCGGAAAUGAAACCUGAUGUGGAAGACAAAGACAAACCAUGGGAACCACCUUAUGAUCCAAUGUUUGAUGCUUAUGUCAGUGAGGUUGCAAAAAGCAUUCUGCCAAUGCAUAACAGCCGAGAACAAGUUAUAUCCCUUGCAAUGUUUGUUGCAGAAAAGAUGGGUGGAUCUAUAGACAAGGACAACCUCUAUGACUUUCCCUGGGAACUUCACAUUGGUGAACUUAAAUUUGAAUUAAAAUCUAACGUCAUUCCUAUUGGAAAUAUUCAGAAAGGAAUCUUCUACCACAGAGCUCUUCUAUUCAAGGCUUUAGGAGAUAGAAUUGGGAUCAGUAGCAGUUUGGUUCGUGGAGCGUACAAUAGAGCUUGGAACCAUGUCCUAUUAAUUGAUGAUCCUCCGCAAGAUGUACAUGGGCCCCUCACUCCACCAAAGGAAUAUGUAGUGGACCUCAUGCACAAAGUAGGGAAUCUAAUGAAGUCUGACAGUGCAGAAGCAGUACACUAUCAACUCUUUUGUGGUUGUAAACAGUUCUGUGGCAAGAAUCAAGUUGAUCAGAAGCAAGUGUCAAUGUCUGUGUCAUUUUGAAUAAAAUAAAUAGCAAAAUGUCCAGUUUCCAGAACUUCAAAAACAUAACUACAUCUUAAGAUUGUUACCAAAAAACUGCAGGUAUCAACUUAUAAUGUAAGCCACUGUUAAAGUUUAUCUAAUUUAUGUAUUUUAUCACCUAAAACAUUAUUUUUACUGUCAUUGGGUUAAUUGAUUUGUUUCUGAAAUGGGAUGUUUUAGCUCAUUGACUAUUGCAAAAUUAUGUUGCUUAGUUUUAUUUAGACAAAGAUUUAGCAGAUAUCUUGUUAACAUUCUCAGCAGAUUGUAUAUGUGUAUUGUAAGAAUUUAAUUUCCUUUACAUUACAUUUUAGUUGAAAUAAUAAAACAACAUUGUGA